UCCCAGCCUUUAGUAGUCCAGUAAGAGGUGGCGAGGGAGGUGACACGGCUCGUUUUAUACAUAUAAUUUCAAAAUGUCGUGGCAACAUUACGUGGACCAGCAGCUUAUGGGCUCUGGAGUGGUUUCGAAGGCGGUUAUCGCUGGUCACGACGGCACACUAUGGGCCAAAAGUAAUAACAUCGAACCCACUCGGGAAGAACUAGUUAAGCUGUCGAGUAGUUUUUCUGAUCAGUCUAAUCUUGCCAUGAGUGGCGUCCAUAUAGGCGGCGAAAAGUUCUUCUACCUCUCUGGCACUGACAAGGUUAUCCGAUGCAAGAAGGGCAAGUCUGGGAUGCACUCAAUGAAGACCUUGCAAACAAUAUUGGUAGCAGUAUUCGAGGAGCCCAUCCAACACCCCCAGGUGGCUAGCGUCGUAGAGUCUCUAGGGGACUACCUAAUCUCCAUGUCUUACUGAGGUCAGUCCCGGCUGCGUCUCCCUCCCACACUCCCUCCCUUCCACCUGCGUUGCUCUGCCGUGUUGCCCUCCCUGUGUGUGUCUCGGGUUCUUGAGAGUCAUCAUCAUUUGUCCUGCGCGUUCUCCUUGGCUAAACUUUUUUUUUUUAUAUCUCUUCUAAGGGUUAAGGGAGGAUCUGGUGUGUUGUGUCUCCUACUAGUGUGCUGUUGAGGGACUUUUAUAUAUCUACUGCCAUGAGUUGAUUUAAUGUUACUUUUUUAAGGAGUGGCUAUGAGAUGUAUUUUAUGUGCUCAGUAGAUAUAUAUACUAUUACAAUUUUUGAAGUGUUAUCAGUGUGCAAAAAAAAUAAAUAAAAAGCUUAUGUUGUUUGGUAAAUGAACCAUAUCAGAUUACCAUAGGAAAUGGGAGAGGAUCUAAUUAACUUGAGUGCCAUCCCGCUGGAAAAACAAAACAAAAAAUUAUCAAGGAAAAGUUAUUGUUUUAAGUCAUGCAUUCAGGAACAAAGAAAAGCCUGCCUGAUGAGGAACAUGCUGUAAUGGGAAAUACUACUACAUGUUACAUUCUACUCAAGCUCCUUAACUGCCAACUGUAAACUUAGUAACUUUGUAAACCCAUAACUCAGGCAAGGCCACAGUCACACGGCCCGGCAAGUCUAUCCAACAGUGUAUUGCUACUCUCCAAACCACUCAUUAGAGCUCUUAAUCCACCUCUUGAGACCAUGAAAAAUAUAGCGUCUUCAAUCCGCCAGUUUAAAGACAGAGAAAUCAUAGCUUCUUCAAUCCACUAAUUUGAAAUCUAACUUUUAUUGUAAUUGGACUCUCUUGGGAUGAGAUGGUUAACACCUUUCCCAGCUUUGAAAAUGAAUAAUAAAUGAAGGUCAUGAUUAGAAUACGUAUCACUGUUGGAAGUCCUUGUGCCUGUGUGGCUGCAGACUGCGGGGGGAGGGGGACUGUGCGCUACCUCCCCCCCAGUCCCCCAGUCCUUGGCCUACUCCCGCUGGUGAGUGUGUGCGGGCAUGAUUCACUCACACCUGUCGCUGUUUCUUUGCAGUGACGGCAGAGCUCCUGAAUAUCACAGUAUCUUCACACUUUGAAGUUUGUGGCAGUGGAUGACAUGUGAUAUACCAGUGUUGACCAAUGGAGUUAUGAUGAGUGGCUGUUAUGAACCAUGCAUACAUACAUGUUCCAUCAUAACUCUUGUAAGAACUCUGUCUGAACAAAUGCAGCAAACGGAAGGAAAACUAAAAAAAUACUACAUGUGGAAGCCCUUUGUUUUUUGGUUAAUAACAGAUGUUGUUUGGGAGCGGCUUUGCCGAGUGUUGAUUGAUUGAUUGAUUGAUGUGUCGACUCCACCGACAACAAGGGUUCUCAUCUCAAGUGGAUACAAUAUACUACUUUUUCGCGUUUGAACACUUUUGUAUAAUAAAAUUUUUCCAUGAACAAUUUAUUAUUGAAGCUUUCUUAUAUGAAUUAACUUGCACUCUUUGUAAGUAAGUGAUGAUUUUUGCAGCUAAUAGAGAAGUGGCUAGCCGGUGUGCAUCUGAGCAUUUAGUGGGGGAGGGAUGACCUGCUGCUUCCUGUCCUGCCACCCUCCUCCUUCCUCGUCUUCCUGCUGCUACUACUACUCCUACUUCUACUCCUCCUCCUACUCCCUCCACUCUUCCCCCUCCCACUCAGCUCCUCUAUCCCAGUGAUCCCUCUCAUCUUCCUCUCCCCUCUCCAACACCUGUGUGAGUGUCUAGUCUCUGCUAGCCACUGAUCCUGUGUUGAACUGUGUCACUGAAUUUGUUCCUUAGAGGAAGAAAGGUUUCUACAGGUAUAACAUCACUCAAUGGGAACGAUUAAAUGGAAUAUGCAUUCCUUAUUUCAAGUGGUAUCUUUUAUGUUGAUAUCCAACAAACUAUAUUUUUCUUUUAAGGAAACUUACUCUAGCCUGUAUCUGAAUAUUGGGUCCUAAUAUCUCACUGUGCAUUUGCUCAGUCUUAAGAUUUAUUUGUUUAUGCCAUUUAUUGCUAUUGAUUUGAUGAUGGGGGACAUUAAAGAAUCUCAACUAUUUAACUUUUUUUUUUUGUCUGAAAAUGGGGGAUUGAAGUCAGUCAUCAGUCACUGAGACUAGGGAUUAUGAACCUGAGGUAAUAAAUGAUUAAAAAGUAUCAAUGUGGUCAUCAUCCUGUUGUUAAUGUUCAAAAUCUGUCUGGUUCAGAAUUGCUGGUUUGAUCAUUUUUUAACUUAAGGAUAAAUGCUGUGCUGGUCCUCCAUGGUCAGCGCUGCUGUUCUCAAGAGGCACAAAAUUGGACCACACGUGCCCAGGCUUGGUGUUCUGCCGCGCUGGCAGUGUCUUGCUGCUGGCGCUCAGUAUUGUACAGCUUCCAUUGCCCCCCAAUAAACACUACUUAAUAAA